AUGGAAGAGGAAGGACGCGAGGGCCGGCCGCGUGCGGACGCCGGCGCGGCCGCGGCCGGAGAGGACGACGAGGACCACUUCGACCGGCUGCCGGACGCCGUGCUCCUGGACGUCUUCAACCACAUCGGCGACGUCAAGGCGCUGGGCCGCUGCGCGCUGGUCUCGCGCCGCUUCCACGCGCUCGUCCCGCUCGUCGACUCCGUCCUCGUGCGCGUCGACUGCGUCAUACCCGACGACCCGCCGCCCUCCGCCUCCUCCUCCUCCCCACCACCAGCCCCCGCGCGGGGGCGGGGCGCGCUGGCCCACAUCGCGCGGUUCCUGCUCGGCGGCAUCGUCCGGCCCAUCCAGGCGCUCGGCCAGAUCCUCUCCCCGACCCUGGCGCUCGUCUCCCGCCGCUCCCUCGCCCCACCUCCCACCACCGCCGCAACCGCUCCCCCACCCGCGGGAGACAUAUCCCACCACUCGCCCGCCGAGGUGCUCCGCGCCUUCAAGGAGCUCCGCCGCCUCCGCAUCGAGCUGCCGGCCGGCGAGCUGGGCGUCGACGACGGCGUGCUCCUCCGCUGGAAGGCCGACUUCGGCUCCACCCUCCGCAGCUGCGUCAUCCUCGGCGCCUCCUCCGUGUCCCCCAAACCGCCACCAUCCUCCCCCAGAGAGCCCGAGGAGCUGGCCAGCAUCCCGGAGUCCCUGCACACGAACGGGGGCCUCAAGCUGCGGGUCGUCUGGACGAUCAGCUCGCUCAUCGCCGCCUCGGCGCGGCACUACCUGCUGCAGCCCAUCAUCACGGACCACGGCACGCUCGACAGCCUCGACCUCACGGACGCCGACGGCCAGGGCGUGCUCACCAUGGACAGGACGCAGCUGCAGGAGCUGCGGGCGCGGCCCCUCUCGGUGUCCGGGACCUCGCACCGCACGCUCAUGCCGUCCCUCAUCAUGCGCCUCUGGUACGCUCCGCACAUCGAGCUUCCCGGGGGAGUGCUGCUCAAGGGCGCCACGCUCGUGGCCAUCAGGCCUAGCGACGAUGUGCUCAAGGAGGGGGGAGGGGCUGAGGCCGCUGGUCCGGCCGGUGCGCCCUGGAUCUCGGAUGCCUUUGAGGAGCCGUAUCGGACGGCCGCAAAGGCGCUUUUCAAGCGCAGGACAUACAGCCUUGAGAUGAACUCCUUCUGACCUUCACCCAGUUUGACCUUCUAGCAGGAUGACAGGAUGCGCCUCACACAUAUGCAGUAUACACACCAUGUAUAGCGAAGUGGAAUGGAAUGUUAUAUCUACAGCAGAAGCACCUUGAAGUGAAACCAUAAUAUGUUCCGUACGUGAGGUUGUGGUUCUCUUCUAUGGCGCACCCAUCCAUAUUCUAUUUCGGGGAAUCAUUUUUUCAUGUUUCUGCCCCUGUUAUUCUGCUAGCUCUAUAUACUGAACUGUAGACUAAACAUUUUAUCAUUUCUAGACACGUUUGAGCUAUGCUGUCGUACGUGUUUUGAAUGGUUGGGCCUUUAUGUGUCUCGGACUUUAGACUGGUUACAUUUUUGAAUUAUAGACUAAACAUGCUCUCGUUUCAUGAAA